UCAGUUCAUCACACACACUCUCCCUUAUAAAUGUUCUGCCAAAGCAAUCUCUCUCCGUUCAUUCUCACCUUCUUCGUCUCCUUCCCCUAAUCCCCAAAAUACACACACACUCCAUCCUCAACCCCAACCCCCUCCUCCAUAAAAGUACUCUCUCCUUUUCUCAUCCAAACACACCGACAAGUAGAUUCCUUUUUUUUAAAACUAUGGCGAAGAAAGCAAGAAUUGUUAUUAUCGGAGCCGGAAUGGCUGGUCUCACGGCGGCGAACAAGCUCUACAAAACCUCCACCGACAUGUUCGAGCUCUCCGUCGUCGAAGGCGGUUCUAGAAUCGGCGGUAGGAUCAACACCUCCGAGUUCUCGUCAGAGAAGAUCGAGAUGGGUGCCACGUGGAUCCACGGGAUCGGUGGAAGCCCUGUUUACAGAAUCGCAAAGGAGACUGGUUCUUUAGUCUCCGACGAGCCAUGGGAGUGUAUGGACUCCAGCAUUGAUAAAGUUAAGACCUUUGCUGAAGGUGGGUUCGAGGUUGAGCCUUCGGUUGUUGAAUCCGUCUCUGGGUUGUUCAAUGCUCUCAUGGAAUUAGCUCAGGGGAAAGAGAUCUCUCAAUCCGACUCCGAUUUGGCUCGUUUCGAUGGUAUUUACGAAACUGCCACUAGGGUUUGUUCUUCUAGUAGUGUUGGGUCGUUUCUGAAAUCUGGGUUUGAUGCUUAUUGGGAUUCAAUCAGCAAUGGAGGUGUUGGUGAUGGGGUUAAAGGGUAUUAUGGGAAAUGGAGUAGGAAGUCGCUUCAAGAAGCUAUCUUUACGAUGUUUAGCAACACGCAGAGGACUUACACAUCAGCCGAUGAUCUCUCGACGCUCGAUUUCGCGGCGGAGAGUGAGUACCAGAUGUUUCCAGGGGAAGAGAUCACCAUAGCUAAAGGCUAUCUCAGUGUUAUUAAGCAUUUGGCGUCUGUGCUUCCUCAAGGUGUUAUCCAGUUGAAUCGAAAGGUCAGAAAGAUCGAUUGGCAGAGUAGUAACGAAGAUGGUCAUGUGAAGCUGCAUUUCUCAGAUGGGUCUGUUGUUUUUGCAGAUCAUGUUAUUGUUACUGUCUCUUUAGGGGUGCUUAAAGCAGGGAUUGAGAGUGAUGAGGAGUUGUUUAGUCCUCCUUUGCCUGAUUUCAAAUCAGAUGCUAUUAAAAGGCUUGGUUAUGGAGUUGUCAACAAGCUUUUCGUUGAGAUGUCGCAGAGACACUUCCCGUCUCUGCAACUUGUGUUUGACCGCGAGGAUUCCGAGUUUAGGUUCGUGAAAAUCCCGUGGUGGAUGAGAAGAACUGCCACCAUUAGCCCUAUCCACAGCAAUUCGAAGGUCUUGCUUUCUUGGUUUGCAGGCAAAGAAGCUCUCGAGCUUGAGAAACUAACCGAUGAGGAGAUCAUAGAAGGUGUCACGACCACUAUCUCUUGCUUGACAGGCAAGGAAGUUAAGAAAGACGCUGCAAAAACUUUGACCAAUGGCUCUUUGAAUGAUGGUGGUGAAGUAAUGAAGAUCACAAAGGUCUUGAAGAGCAAAUGGGGAAGUGAUCCUCUGUUCCGGGGCUCUUAUUCGUAUGUGGCGGUCGGAUCAAGUGGGGAUGACCUAGACGCCAUGGCCGAGCCGUUGCCAAAGAUUAAUAAGAAGGUUGGUCAGGUCAAUGGUCAUGAUCAUCAAGCCAAGGUUUAUGAGCUUCAAAUCAUGUUUGCAGGGGAAGCAACACAUAGAACCCAUUACUCCACAACUCAUGGUGCCUACUAUAGUGGUUUAAGGGAAGCCAAUAGGCUUCUUAAGCAUUACAAAUGUAACUUUUGAGUGUUAAUUUUUUUAAGAAUAUGUUUUGUUUAUUUUUGGGUCAAUGUGUUUAGAGAAGCUUAAUUAGUUUUGUAAGAUUUUUUAAUUGUUUUUUUUUUUUUACUUUUAAUUUGGUUUACUUUUUUUUUUUCUGUUUUACUUAAAAAUUACAAGUUUACAGCCACGUUCUAAUCUAAAAA